AUGCAGCUCACCGAGGAUGAAGCCAGCGAGGUGAAGAAGUGGGUUGUGAGGAAGCUCGAAGAUAUAUCCGACGCCGAUGCGGAUGUGCUCGCAGACUAUGUUUUGGCGCUUAUUAGAUCCGAUGCUCCCGAUGAUGAAAUCCGAAAGGCGUCCGUGGAGAAUCUGGAAGAUUUUUUGAGAGAACAUACUGAGAAAUUUGUCGAUGAGCUUUUCGCUACCUUUGCGCUCAAGCAAUCGUCUCAUCCGGUGCCCUCGAUCGAACAGGGCCAACCGCCUGCGAACGAGAUCCCAGUCGCCGGCUCCAUCCCCCAACAACAGCCAUUUAACCCGCCGUCUGGCCCCAAAGGACCCUAUGGAUCGCAGAUGGGCGGCUAUCCCCAGUCGCAAGGAGACACCUCGACUUUCAAUCGCAAGCGCAGCUAUCACGAGGGUUUCCAAGCGGACCAAGAACAGGAUGGCGUGCCCCACAACCGGGUCUUCAAGACUCCUCGUCGAGGCCGCGGAGGUGGCAGAGGAGACUGGAUGGGACGCGAUAGCCGCGGUGCCCCUGAACAGUUCCCUCCGGCGGCCGGUGGAUUCCCAGUCAUGCCUCCGAAUUUCCCUCCCUUCGACCAGAACGACCCCAUGGCAGCCAUGAUGGCGCUUCAGGGCAUGGGCUUCCCGCAGAUGCCGGGCAUGCCCCCGAUGCCAAUGCCGCCCGGCGGUGCUGGUCAACCGCAGGACCAAAUGCCCAAGAGCUCGGAGCGGUGUCCGUUCUACGAGACUCAAGGAAUUUGCUACCUGGGAGCGGCCUGCCCGUAUCAGCAUGAUCUCGCGCCUGGCGCGUCGAAAGAGGACGAAUACGACCCGAGAGCGUCUGGAAUCGUGACGGGACUCUCGGCGCCGCGAGGGGACACUUUCGCGGCAGCGACCGGGGGCCGUGGUCGGGGACGCGGUGGUGAUCGUGUGAUUGCGAGUUUGGCGGCCGAGGGCCGGGCGGUCGAUGAGUUACUCCGCGGCACGGCCGUGUCGAGGACACUUCCAUCACGACGAUCGUGGUCGAACAGAUCCCCCAAGGACCAGCUGACCGACGGCACCGUGCGCGAAUUCUUCUCCCAAUACGGCGAGAUCGUCGAUUUGUCCAUCCAGCCUCACCGGAAGCUGGCGUUGAUCACGUACGAUAGCCACGCGGCGGCCAAGAAGGCAUGGUCCAGCCCCAAGGUGAUCUUCGACAAUCGAUUCGUCAAAGUGUACUGGCACAAACCCAAGGGCGACAAGAACGGCGAUCAACGGGCGGGCUCCCGCGAAGGGAAGUCCGAAGAACCGGCGUUCAACCAGGAGGAGUUUGAGAAGCAGCAGGAGGAAGCGCAGAAGGCCUACGAAGACAAGAUGAAGAAACGCAAAGAGACCGAGGAAGCCAAACAGGCGCUGGAAAAGCAACGCGAGGAGCUCCUCAAAAAGCAACAGGAAGAAAAAGAGCGCUUGCUGCGCAAGCUGGGUGGCGGCGCCGCCAGCAGCGGGGCCCAAUCCCCCGACGGCGCGAGUCAGUCUCCCGUGGACGACAACGCCAGCGAACAGACCAAGCAGCUCCGCGCACAGCUUGCCGCCUUGGAAGCGGAAGCCAAGAGUCUGGGUAUCGAUCCGAACAGCGCGGAAGCGGGCUCCUCGUUCUACCGCGGUCGUGGCCGUGGACGCGGGGGUUUCAGUCGCGGGGGCUUCGCGCCUCGUGGCCGUGGCGGGUACGACCCAUCCUAUCGUGGGGGCUAUCGUGGACGCGGCGGCGUCGCCCGCGGCCGGGGCGGUGUCUUGCGCCUGGAUAACCGGCCCAGAAGGGUUGCGGUGUCGGGUGUGGAGUUCAAUCCGGAGAAGGACGAAGCCCUGCGCCAGUUCCUCAUUGGCGUUGGCGAAUACGAAUCGAUCGAGCCGAAUCCCGAGCAGCCGAAUUCGCUGAUCGUGGCAUUCAAGGAGCGCUACAUCGCCGAGAAGUUCAUGUUUGGCCCAUGGAAGAUACCCUCCGUCGGAGACGUCCAGCUGUCGUGGGUGCCCAACCCUCCGAUCUCGGCUGCGUCGUCGACGCCGGGCCCGGCGUUUGACAGCAAGACGGGGUCGGAUGAAGACACGGUCAUGGAUACCGGUGCGCCAUCCCUCGCGCCAGACCAGUCGGCGGGACGACGGGACGGCAACCACGAGGUGGACUACGAUGUGGCGGAGAUGGACGACUCGUGGGGUGUUGAAUAG